AUGUCAGCUGCACAUGGUAAACAUGUGAUGCUUAGUUAUCACUGGGAUAAUAAAGACGUUGUAUCGAAAAUUUAUAAAUUCUUAAAAGCUCGAAAUAUUCCUGUAUGGAUGGAUAUUCAUGGUGGAAUUAGCUUUAAUUUAUUUCAAAGUAUGGCCGACGGUGUUGAAAAUGCUGCUGUCGUAUGUUGUUUUAUGACACCAAAAUAUCAAAAUUCACGAAAUUGUCAAAAAGAGCUAUUAUAUGCUGAAAGACGACAUGUAUCUAUUAUACCAUGUAGAAUGUGUAGAGAAUGGGAACCAUCGACGUGGUUGGGUUUGGUAACUGCUGGAUUGGUAUGGAUUGACUUUCGUGAUACAAGUGAAAUAAAUAUUGAUUUGAAAAUUGAUAAAUUAAUUGAUCAAUUAAGAGUUGUUGCUGGUGAUAAACUCCAGUGCUUUUCAGAUAGUGAAUCAGUACCAAAUACUCCACAGACAGAAAGUAUAUUACCAUUAUUGUAUCGUCCAAUUCGUAAUCAAGUAGAGCAUCGUCAAGAAAGUGGUGACAGUCCAACGACUCUUCUCUAUCCAUCAUUACCGGAUAAACUGAACAUUUCUGUAGAAGUACCCUUAAUAAUUAAUGAAAAUAAUAAUAAUGAAAAUCGUCAUUAUUCUACCUUAACUACAACUGAUUCUGGUAUUCUCUCCCGUAUGUCAUCGUCCGAAUCAAAUGGUACAUUCGAUUCUGUAUCUACAACUAGUAUUCGUUCAUCUAUUUCAUCCGAACAGCCUAUAUCACCAAAACGUUUUGCAUCAUCCACAUCGGCGAAUGGAGAUGUUAUUGUUCGUCAGAGACAAGAACAAAAUAUAUUCAAUGGUGGUUCAGGCGCUGCCGUUCAUCAUUUACCUCUUUCAGCAAGAGCACUACCGCCUCCACCAGUACCACCACGACCUACAUCGAAAAAAUUACUAACACGAAAUAAAACUAGUCUGUUACGUGAAUGUUCAUCAGCCAAAGAAAAUAUUGUGCCGUCUUCGUCGAUGUUAAUCGAACCGUCACAUAAUAAUGAACAUAAUGUUGUGCAAUCGAAUAACAUCACUAAUACUGAUCACUAUCGACAGAAUGAAACUAAUUUUCAACAUUAUCGAUAUGCUCAGGUGAAUGAACACGAUGAUAAUAGUAGUAAAAACAUUGAUGUAAAAAUGAGAACAAAAUUGAACAAACUUGACGAUGGUGUGAAUAGAAAACCUAAUCCUUCGGUCAAUGGUGUACCGUUGCCGUUUACAGCACUUUAUGAGUCGAUAUCCGAACCAAAACCCAAUCUGUAUGAAGUACCAUUACAAAAUCAAGAAAACAGAUAUUCAUCGGACCAUCUCGAAUGUUCCGUAGUUAAGAAACUUUCAUCACCGAAUGAUUCCGCUAAACGACAUGGAAUAACAAUAGACUAUUCAAAAUUUCGUCGUCCACCAAAAAUAAUUGGGGAUAAUGAUAAUGUCCAAUUUUGUUGUCCAUCUGGUGUAGCUGUAUCAAAAACGGGUCUGAUAUACGUAUGCGAUCAUCAAGGACAAUGUGUUAAGGUGAUACCCCUACUGGGUUCAAGUCAAUGUCAAUUAAUUAAAAAUUUUAUUCGUCCAAAAGGCAUACAUGUCGAUCAAUUAGGACGUGUUUUAUUAACGGAACAAAAUCGACUACUUAUAUUAGACAGCGAAUUAAACAUAUUAAGAGUAGUUGGUGAUCACGGGUCGUCUCAAGGAGAGUUCAAUGUACCUUGGGGUGUUACAACUGAUCAUCAAUCAAAUAUUUAUGUUUGUGAUCAAAUGAACAAUCGGGUACAAAAAUUUGAUUCCGAUGGUAAUUUUAUAUUAGAUUGGGGAUACGAAGGCGAGCAAAAUGGUCAGUUUUAUUACCCUCAUUUUAUCUCCAUUUGUGGUAAUAAAGUAGUUGUCAGUGAUCAACUCAAUCAUCGUGUUCAAGUAUUUGAUUUGAAUGGAAAGUACCGUUAUAAAUUAGGUGAAAUGGGCAGUGAACCAGGACAGUUUUCCUGUCCCUUCGGCGUUUUGAUUGAUUCUCAGAGCGAUAUUGUCGUUGCUGAUCAUGACAAUAGGCGAAUACAAUUCUUCGAUUCAAAUGGUGAAAUAAAGUUAAUGCUAGAUCAAGAAGCGAAUCCACUGUACGACUUCGAAGGUGUCAAUGGUUUAACGCUAACACCAGACGGGGGAGUUAUUAUAACGGAUUAUAAACGAAACGGCAAACAUCGUCUAUUCGUCUUUACUUGA